GAGAUCGUCACGCAAGCGUCUGCUGCAGAUCUGUCGGUGGUGUGACGAGCUGAAAGCGAGGUAACGAGACCGCUGUGCUGUUGUCGCAGCUACAGGCCAUAUCUUGCGGCAUGGCGGCUCUUGACAUGGCCACCACGGUCUACAGAGACCUCAAGAUGGCCAUAACACGAUUCAGAUACUGGUGGGGAAUGAGUGUGUCCAGCACUGCACAUGCACACACAGAACAGUCACUGACAGGCGGGUGUGUGUGUAUGUGUGUGUGUGUGUGUGUGUGUGUCAUUGGCUUGUCUGUGGGUGUGUGUGUCUGGUGCAGGUACAACGAGACGAACAUCGAGACCCGGAUGGGCAUAUGGAUGGGGAUGGGUGCCCUUACAGGGGCCGUUACGGGGUUCAGGAGCAUGGCCAAGAAGGUCUACGCCAAACCCACCUGCCUAGAGGUGUGAUUCAUGGGUGGACGGACGGACGGACGCACUAACACACACGUGUACCUACCUACCUCUGUGUGUGCGUCUUUGUGAAAUUUGUGCAGGUGACGGAGAUCCAGCUGCCGAAGUCGAGCAUAGACGAGUUUGAGCAGCUGUGGAACGACCACGCAGGGGAGGCAGCCAAGUGCGAGGGGUCAGUGAGGCAGAGUCAGAGCCACGAAGCGAGGCAGACAGACAGACAGACGGGCAUGGACGCUGUCUCUCUCUCUCUGUGUGUGUGUGUUCGUCGCCGCGUGCUAUCAUCACAGUUACGAGUGGACGCGGCUCUACAAGGCCAUCGACUGGGAGAACAGCGCUUGGUCCUACCUUCAACUCAGAAUGUGGCGGAGGCCCAAAUUCAGACUCAUGUGGUGAGCAAACGCCGCUCAGACACAGACAGACAGACAUGAGGAAUGUGUUCGUUGGCGGGCGGAGAGGCUGCAAUUUCUGUCUGUCUGUCUGUCUGUCUGUGUGCGUGUGCGUGUGCGUGUGCGUGUGCAGGGAGAACAGCGACUACGCGCAGCAGCAGGAGAAGAAGAUGCUGCAGGUGGGGGCGCAGAUCAAGAAGACGCGGUAUGAUAUCGUCGUUGACGACUCGGUCUCGCGCCUGGUCGAGUGAGGGGCCCAUGGUGUUGUCGCGCCGCCCUCUAGACGGUGCUCUCUGGCAGGCAGGCAGGCAGGCAGGCUGACUGACUGAGACGUGUAUAGCGGUUUGUGUUGCUAGCCAUGGGUCAUGUGUAUACGCCUGUGCCUUCGCGCCAAGUGCGGGGGACCCGACUUUGCC